AUGGGAAUCAUAUCAGACCUGCAAGUGCAGUACAGCGAUUGGACUGCUCUUGCCGCUAUCAUAUUAGCCUUGACGAUUAUCAGUUCAUCACUUGCGACUGCUUUCAAAACGGGUCUUAGGUCAAUUCCAGGACCCUUUCUUGCCCGAUUCUCAUCGUUCUACCGUCUUGUGAAAGUAUCAAAAGGCGAUGCCCCGAUCUUUUACCGGCAGCUUCACGAGAAGUAUGGCCUUAUUGUACGCACUGGACCUAAUACCGUUGACAUUUCCGACCCAAAAGCCGUCCCAGUAAUUUAUGGCAUCAACAGCAAAUUCCUGAAGUCCGCUUUCUACGACACCUUCAGUCCUUUCUUCGAGGACAAAGUCAUGCCCAGCAUGUUCACGAUCAGAGACCCAGCGGGCCAUCAAGCUUUACGACGACCAGUGGCUCAAAAGUUCUCCAUGUCCUCCAUCAAGUCCCUCGAGCUAUUUGCAGACGAGUGUACGAAAAUAUUUGUUGAUGCGAUGAAGGAUCUCGAGGGUCAGCAGGUGGACCUUGGAGCUUGGUUGCAAUGGUACGCAUUCGAUGUCAUUGGAGCCAUCACAUUCCAACGCAGAUUCGGAUUUAUGGAAAAACGAGAAGAUAUACAAGAUAUGAUUGCCGGUCUUGAGUCAGGAUUGAAAUAUGCAGGGAUCGUCAGUCAGGUGCCGUCUUUGCACGGUUGGUUGAUGGGCAAUCUGAGCGUUUCUAAGCUCUUGGCCGCGCAACCUUUCUUCAAAGUUGCAGACCCGCUUCGGACAAUGGUGCAGAUUACACAAGAGUGCAUUGAUGACUAUGACCGUCAGCCCCAGAAGCAUGGAGAGCGGCCUGAUUUCCUGGCUUGGCUUCGAAGCGAAGAGACUAAGGGGAAACCAAUGUCUAAUCGUGACAUGAUGAACCAUCUCAGUAAUAACCUACUUGCCGGUAGCGACACUACAGCCAUCUCGCUUCGCGCAAUAAUCUACUAUCUCGUUCAAAAUCGCUCGGCAUAUGAGAAGUUACGAAAGGAGGUAGACGACGCAGAUAAAAACGGGAGACUGUCACGAUACAUCACGUACGCCGAGUGUCUUGAGCUACCAUACUUACAAGCGGCAAUGAAAGAAGCAAUGCGGUGUCACCCCGGGGUAUCAUAUCCCCUUGAACGGGUUGUGCCUGAAGGGGGGACUGUACUUUGCGGAACUCAUCUCGAGGCUGGUACAAUCGUUGGAGUUAACCCAGCUGUCCUUCAUCAUGACAAAUCUAUUUUCGGUGAUGAUGCGGCGGUGUUCCGACCGGAGAGAUGGAUAGAGGCCGAUGAAGAGAAAAUUAAAUUGAUGGAUCGUCAUUUGAUGACUUUUGGCUACGGUUCUCGAACUUGUAUCGGGAAAAACAUUUCUAUAAUGGAGAUGGGAAAGUUGGUUCCAUUGCUCAUCCGGCAUUUUGAGAUUGAGUGGGCGUCUGAAAAGGAGACAGAGUGGCGUGUCGAGACAUAUUGGUUUGCGAAACAGCAUGGCUUGAAGUGCCGAAUGCGCUCUAGGGAUGUGCCUACUAAGCUAAAGUUCUAG